CAUUCUUAGCUUUGGCUGUUAUAAGGUUAGGGUAUCAGGACGUCUGCCUAAGGAUUUUUUUGUUUAUGCUGUCAUGUAUAUUUUAUAAUUUUCAGAAAGCAUGUUGUAUUUGUAGCCAUUCAAGCAAGUAUGUUUUAAGCUUCAUUUAGCAUAGUUCUGGCUACCAUAACUUUAAAUGUCGCUUUUUAUGAUUUUUGACUGGCGGGACUUUAUAGGUCUUUAUAGGUACAGGUCUGUCAAUACUAAAUAAACUGUACGCUGAAGUUUCUUUAGCUACAUUAAGCUGUGCUUUCCGCAGGAUAUUUUUCAGACACCCUGGGGCCGUUUAGGGAUCUUUUCACGGUUUGGUAAAUUGACAAAAUUGAAAAAAGUUGUUUCAGAUUCGCAAAUUUUCGUUUUAGUUAUAAUAUUUGUGAGGAGACAGUAUUACUGAACAUUUAGCAUGGUGUAAUAUAGCCAAUAUAUGCAUCUUUUGACAAUUUAAAAACCUAAAAAUUAUUAAGCGUUGCAACGUGAAACGAUUGAAUAAUUUGGAGAGUUCUGUUGUUGUCGUUAAAUUUUGUGAAAAUUCAAAGAUUUCUGAUAUAAUGCCAAGUGGGCUAAUGCGUUUUUACUCUAGGUUACUCCGGGGGUCACUGUUUGAGUCCAGCUGCGGCUCCUUUUUUUUCCCUUUUUUAAAUUUAAUUCUUGAUUUUUUACUGGAGCUUUUAAGAUCCAAUGUUUACAUUUAUCAAUAUAAAGCAUUAAAUGACUUAUUUCAAAACAUGCCACAAACUGUGAAAAGGCCCCUUUAGGGAUGACUUUGGGAGGGCAGCCGGGGCAUCUCAAUAGCAGUUUUAAAUAUUUAUUUUUGAUGUUAUUUAGUGAGUUAUUAUUAUUUAAGAAAAAAAACAGAGCUAUAAAGUCAUUCAUAACAUUUUUUUUAAUAGGUUUGGAAUUAGGGACGAUACGGACCAUGGACCAUACGGUCCAGACCAUACGGCCCAGAUAAGCUGACCAUACGGCCCAGAUAAGCGGACCAUACAGCCCAGAUUAGCGGACCAUACGGCCCAAAUUUGCGGACCAUAUGGAACAUGUUUGAAUUAAUAUUCAUUUCGUGUUUCACUUCCUGAUAUUGUAUUAGUACAUUUAAUACAAUAUUAAAGUUGACACUUGCUUCAGAUCCUGUGCACACAAUGGAGGCUAUAAAGGGAUGAAGUUGAAGAUAUCCCAGCUGUCUCAGCUAAUCUUCAAGAAGCUUCUCUCGAUUGGGUUUGGGAGUUGCACUUGCUCCAUAAUGGCAGAGGGAGGGGACCGCAUGGGAACCAGCUCCCUGCUCAACGACUCUCAGCUUUCACAGCUCUCACAGAUGACAGAGAAUGGUUCAUUAGAAAAGUCUACAGAAAACAAGUUCAUUGACCAUGAAUGGGGAAUGAACCUUCUUCAUGGGUUUUCCAAGCUCUACAAAGACACAGAGUUUGUUGACAUAACAUUAGUUAUAAACAAGCGUGAAUUUCUAUGCCACAGAAGUAUACUGGCAAUUUCUAGUCCAUUUUUCAUGGCACUGUUUUCAACUGCCAUGUCAGAGAGCAAACAGAACAAAAUCGAACUGAAAGAGAUUGAUUAUUUGACGAUGGAACUCAUACUAGACUACAUAUACACCGGGGAAGUCCUGCUGUCAGAAGAGACCGUUCAAGAUCUGCUUUCAGCUGCAAACCGAUUCCAGCUUCUUCCAUUACGCUCUGGGUGCGCAGAUUUUAUGCGUAAACAUAUUACUGUUUCAAACUGUAUAGGUGUCUACUUUUUUGCCAAAUGCCACGAGUGUGAGGUUUUGGCAGUGAAAGCAAAGGAAAUCAUCAAUAAACAAGUCUCUCAGCUCUGUCAGCAACAGGAGUUCCUGUCCUUGCCUGCAGAUAAAUUGAUUGAGAUAAUUAGUGACGAUAAUAUUGAAGUGACACAUGAAGAAAUUGUGUACGAGGCUUGUUUGAAUUGGGUCAAGGCUGACCUUGAUUCUCGAAGAGGAAAUUUAGUUCAAGUGAUGGAGUGUGUGAGGUUUGCAAAUAUUAACUCCUACUACUUUUGUGAUCGAAUUGACAAUAAUUCCUUGUUGAAAGAAUGCGAGGAUCUCAAGAGAAAGCUGGAUGAGGUGAAAUAUUUCCAUAUGCUAUGUGAUCGUCAUGGUGAAAUGGACCUGAACCUGCUGCCCCGUCUUGGGAUGCAGCAUGAGCGUGUUGUGAUGAUCAUGGCCAACCCAUACACAGAGGACUCGCUCAAAAAAUACAACAGUGUCGAGGUGCUGCUCCCCAAGACAGGGGAGGUAAUCUUCCUCUGCAAGCUGCCGCAGAGUCUCUACACGCCAGGAUGUGCAAUCACCGGUGACAACCAGAUCUAUCUGGCUGGGGGCUCGAUACGUAAGAUCAACUAUCGUGGGUCAAUAUCGAUUGAGGGAGUCUCCAACACCUUCUACGUGUUUGACCACGCUAGUCUGACAUGGGUGGCCAAGGCCAGGAUGAAUAUUGGAAGAUCCAUGUUCAACCUUACCAUAGUUGAUGGAUUUGCGUAUGCAGUGGGCGGUACUGAUGGGACGGAUGUGUUGGCCUGUGUAGAGCGAUAUGACCCCUGGGCUAACACCUGGACCUUUGUUGCCCCUCUCCCCCAGGCGCUCAAGCUAACCACAUCUGUCAGCUUUCGAGGGAAGCUUUUUGUCUUUGGAGGGGAAAAUGCUGACAAUAUUGUUAAUACAGCUUAUAGGUAUGACCCUACUCUGGACAUCUGGACUCAGCUAACACCUAUGAAUACAGGGCGAGUGCUAGCUGGUAGUGUGGUUCACAAAGGAAAAAUAUAUGUUGUAGGAGGCAAUGGACAAGUCAGCGAUAAAUGGAAACGGGAGCAACUGCCAGAGUUCUGUGUAAGUUCAGUGGAAAUCUAUGACCCAGAUUCUAACUCCUGGUCGAUAGGACCUGAGCUCCCAAACGCCCUGUGUGGCGCUGGAGUCGUUAAAUUUGGUGACACAAUUUUGAUUGUUGGUGGCGAAGACGACAAGAGCUGGAUGGCAGGCCUUUGUUGGCUGAAAGAGGAGAAAGGAAGACAACUCUGGGUCGAAGGGCAAGAACUCCCAACUGUUAUGAGCACGUUUGGUUGCACUGUGGCAAAUAUACAGAGGGAAACACUCAAGCAACAAGCAUGAUUUCUCUGCAUGUAAAGAAUGAUGUAAUUUUCCAAACACUGGAAGAUAUUACAUCACAAUUCAUACUCGUUUGAUUGGCUGGUCAUUUGUCAAUCAUCUUCAAAAAAAUUAUCAGUUUGUGUAGCCAUCUAAAUCAUAAUAUGUUUUUGUCAAGCGAUAAUAUUUACGCUUCAAAUGAAAUUAAGAUGAAUAAGAUAUUUGUGUAUCCCCAGUUGUCGUUGAAUUUCAGUAUUUUUUACCCUCCAACAAAACUGACAAAGUGAUGUGGAUGAAGUCAAAAUUGUGACAACAGUCUUAGUUUUGUGUUAUAAUGAGUUAGAAACUGGAGAAGAGUGUGGUUAUGUGAAAAUUAUUCUUUCAAUUUUAUUUUGGGAAAACAAUUUAGAUAAAACAAGAUAAAUUACAUUUUUAGCUCACCUGAGAACAAUGUGCUUAUGGUGAGCUUUAGUGAUUGCUUUUUGUGUGGCGUGCAUCAACCUUUGACUUGUUAACACAUUAGAGAAUACAUUUAUUUCUGAUCGUCAUGAAAUUUGGUCAGAAGAUUUGUGCAAAUAAUAUCUUUGUCGAGUUUGAAAUUGCUUCACAUUGGUUGAAAAACAUGGCCCCCAGGAGGCAGGGCAUUUUUCCAUAUUUGGCUAUGGUAAAACCUUGUUAACACUCUAAAAGGUUCAAUGGUCAUUCAAUCUUUAUGAAACUUGGUCUGAACAUUUGUUUUAAUGAUAUCUUGAAUGGGUUUGAAAAUGGUUCUGGUCUGUUGAAAAACAUGGCCACCAGGGGCUUGGCCUUUUUUCUUAUAUUGCUGUAGUAAAACGUUGUUAUCACUUUAGAGGACAUAUCAUGAAGAUUUGUCCCAAUGUUAUAUUGGACGAGUUUUGAAAAUAGUUCGGGUUGCUUGAAAAUCAUGGCCACAAGGUGAGGGGGCAUUUAUUCUAAUAUGGCUAUAAAUUGCUGUAGUAGAACCUUGAUUACACUCUUGAGGCCACAUUUAUUGUACGAUCAUCAAGAAACUUGUUCAGAUGAGUUCGAAAAUUGUUUUGGUUUCUUUAAAAAAAAUGGCCACCAGGGGGCGGGGCAUUUUUCCUUAUAAGGCUAUAUAUGGCUUUUGUAAAACCUUGUUAACACUCUAGAGGCCACAUUUAUUGUCCAAUCUUCAUGAACUAUGGUCAGAAUGAUAUUUUGGAUGAGUUCGAAAAUGGUUUUGGUUGCUUUAAAAACAUGCACACCAGGGGCGGGGCAUUUUUCCUUAUAUGGCUAUAUAUGGCUAUAGUAAAACCUUGUUAAAACUCUAGAGGCCACAUUUAUUGUCAUGACAUUUGGUCAGAAGAUUGGUCUCAACGAUAUAUUGGAUGUGUUUGAAAAUAAUUAUGUUUGCUUGAAAAAAAUGGCCUCCAAGGAGCGGGGCAUUUUUCCUUAUAUGGCUAAAGUAAAAUCUUGUUAACACUGUAGAGACCACAUUUUCUGUCCGAUCUUCAUGAAACUAAGUCAGAAGAUUCAUCCCGAUAAUAUCUUGGAAGAGUUCAAAAAUGAUGCCGGUUGGUUGAAAAACAUGGCUGCCAGGGGGUGGGGCAUUUUUCCUUAUAUGGCUAUAGUAAAACCUUGUUAACACUCUAGAGGCCACAUUUAUUUUCCGAUCUUCGUGAAACUUGGUCAGUAGAUUUGUCCCAAUAAGAUAUCUUGUUAUCUCAGGUGAGCAACUUUGGGCCUUUCAGGCAUUCUUGUUUAAUGCUUGUUAUUUCGUGUUAUCUUAAUUUUGAAUAUAUACAUAUGGUAUUUAAUGUUAUUUUUAUGUUUUGCAUGUUCUUUUUUAUGAAUUGAUUCUCUUCAUUUACAGUUUGCAAAAUGCUGAAAUUAUCCGAUUACUGCUGGUAGACUAUUUCACUAUUGGCAUUUCUGUUUUUGAUCAGGGUAUGGUUUUUAUAUUUACUAUAUAAAUGUGAUCAUGUUGUUUUGUGAUACGAUAUUAUUUUAUAGUUUUAUAUUGUAAUGAUGUUUCCAUUUUGUAAUUUAUUUACCUCAUUAAAAUAUAUAAAGUUGAAAA